AUGAAGCUUCUAUUCCCAAAGGAGCUUAUUGAUGAGAAUCUAGAAGGAUUCAAGGAGAAAGUGACAAGAACUCUAAAGCUUUUUCCUAAGGCAGUAGUGCCAAGGGACAUUCAUGGAGAGAUUGUCUAUCCAGCUGUGAAUCACCCACCAGAUACUCAUUGCAAGGAGAAAAGACUUGGAGGAUCAAGAUGCCUCUUGUCUCCAUCUUCUCCUGAGUGCCAAGCCUUACAGAUAGAAGGAGAAAAAGGUGUGAAAACACAAUCCGCGCCAAAACAUUGGCCGCGGACGCGCAAAGAAAUUUUGGCCGAGCAAUUCCAACCGGGCCGACCACGGUCGAGCCGGGAAGGAACGGCUAUGCUCGGCCGGAUUCACUCUAUCGCGCGACAAAACGUUCGCGCGCACGCACGAACCGGGAAAGAAAGGCCGCGAUCGGCCGAUUUUCGUAUCGGAACGGACCGACCGUGCCGGUCGAUCCGGGAAACAACGAUCGGCCUCGGCCGAAAUCUCUCGCCAAACAAUUUGGCCGACCAAAUCGCUCGACCGCGACAAAAUCCAUCGGCCAUCGGCCCAAAACUUUUCUCGGCCAAGGUAAGUCCCCUUUUCAUUAAUUCAAACCGGUUUUAA